AUGAAAAAAGUUCAGGAGAUGAAUGGUGAUGAUGGUGACAUUGAGAGCAAUGGACAUCAGUCAGAGCCCUUUAAGUUUGGUUAUGGAAGAGUUAGCCAGUACCAAAGAGUUGGGCAGCAACCCAGAAGAAAAAACAGCUCAUUCAAAAGGAAGAGGAUGGAACGAUGGCACAGAGCUGUGUCUACCAACUUAGUAAAACAAAAUGCAUUGGUCCCCGAAGAGGAAUCAUCUAGUAGUAGCAACAUGGAAUUUCAUGAAAGCCAUCGUCAGAAGGAAAAUGUGAUAAAAAAAAAAGUGAAGACUUUGGUGGACAGGAUGUUGUCAAACAAGUACAGAUGUAAGCCCGCAAGUGUCAGUGGAGAGGGUACCACACAGAGCCUUCUUCCUACAGUUGUCAAGGAGCUUCCAUUGCCAAGAUUAUUCUCCACACCAAGAAUGAGAAAGCUCUUACAGAAUGCAACUAUAAAACUUGAUGUUGUAGAAGAGAGACAGGAGAUAACCCAAGGAAAUACACUCCUCUGGGCCAGGAGAACUACCAAACGGUUUUCUGUGACAUCCCUUCCUUCAGUACUGCAGAAGAUAUUUGGACCAGAAGGAAGAAAGAAACAACCAAAUAUUCCAGUACUUAAAAAGAAAAAACACAGCAUGGAAAACAUCCUCCGAAAAUCAGAUUUAACAGUAGGAAAGCUUCAAAUGCAGGGAGUGGAUGACCUCAUAGAAACAGUAACUGGUAAGUCCAUGAAGUUACUUGCCCAGAGACACGCUGAGCUUCAACAGUGGUUUCUAGGGGAUGGAAUUCUUCAGUCUUCUAAACAGUUCCAGAGGAUUUCCAAGACCAUGAGGAAGCAUAAAUUGAAAAAUGUAUGUUUCUCAUGUACCUGCUGCUGCUUCUGAUUUUGUUCCUGAUUGCAUAAAAGUUAUCUUCAUAGAGAUUCUUAAUUUUUUGAUACAUAAUCCUGAAUAAAUUUCUCUAGUAAAUUAAUCAAUGUGGGAAGGCAAAUUUUUAAAAGUAUUCUGCCCAACAGUCCUUAAAAAAUGCUUUUACAAAAAUUGGUUUUUAAUUCUGAGCCAAUAUAAGCCAUUUUUGCUUCAUAAUUCUUACUAAUAAUGGAAAAUAGAAACAUUUAUUAAGGCGUAACAAUUCUGCAAAAAAUUUUUCCUACAAUUUGCCAGAUGAAAUUAGAGGAAGGAUUUAAAGGUAUUACAACGCUUUUUAAAAAAAUAGAUUUCUUUUUUAAAAAAGAUUUUAUUUAUGUAUUGUUAGAGAGAGAAAGGGAGGGAGACAGAAGGGGAAUGAAACAUCAAUGUAUGGUUGCCUCUAGUGCACCCCCUACUAGGGACAUGGUCUGCAACCCAGGCACGUGCCCUGACUGGGAAUUGAACCAGUGACACUUUGGUUUGCAGGCCCAUGCUCAAUCCACUAAGCUAUACCAGCCAGGGCCAUUAUAACACUUUUAAUAUACGCCACAUACACCAAUGACCAUACGCCACAAACAACUGGGCUAAUUUUAAAUUAUAAUUAAAAAAAGAAUUCUUAUUAAAAUUAUAAAAAUGUAACAUUAUUAAGGUAUGAUCCAUGUAAAGUGUUGUGUAAAAGAAAUGAAUAAGAAUGAAAUCUAACAAGUAUUAAAAAUAUAAUUCAAUACUUAAAAAAAUUACAGGUGAUUCAGCCUUAGCUUAAUUUUUAAAAAGGUCAUAAAAUCCUUUAGGUAAGACCAUCUUCAUAGGGUAAUUACCUCAA